UGCUGAGCUCAGCGGGAGUUGGCUGCGUGACCCGCCUAAAGGAUCAACGAAUGAAUGAGCCUCCUGUCCGACUGGGGACCUCGGGGCCCCGCGGGGCUGCGAAUCUCGCGGACGCUCGGGGCAUCCUUGGGCGUGCCGGGUCCUCUUCGCGCAAACUGGGGCACGGGGCAGCCCUGGCUCCCGGUGGCCGGAAUCCUGCGGUGUCUGGGGCGGCAGCGGAGGCGAGGGCGAGUGGAAGCCCAGGCGGGGCUCCGGAGAACGGCCCGGCGGCUGAGAACCUGGACUGUGAGCCCUGGGUCAGAGAUAAAGUGCUCUUCCUUCUGCACCCAGAGAGGUGGCUGGGGACUCAACGGGACCUUGCGCGGGAAGAAGUGGCCGGUGGGGACGAUGUUUUCCCGGCGGCCGAAGACGACUGGGAACCCGACGGCCCGUCUCUCGUUCCGCGAGAAAAGCGAGUUUGGGGCAGCCGUGUAGACGCUCCCUUCAGAGCUCUGCCGCGGGACCCUGCAGCCCCACCCAGGUCGGUGCUCGUGCGGAUUGUGGACUAUCAGGCGACAGAAGAAGUCCUGUGGACCGCAUGGAGGAAGGGGCAGAUGACCGCACGGACCGAGGAGCACUCCAUGAGCGCGAUCACUUUUCGCACCAACAGGGAGUGAAGCGCCCGGCUGUGGGCGCCAGGACUGCGGAGAACCCCGGGCUCUCCCGCAUGGGGAGAGACGCCCCGAGUCCACCUGCGGGGAGAUCACCUCGCGAUCGCCAGGGACUGGAUUGCCAGAGGAUAUAAAACAGGAAAGAGGAGCCUGAGGAAUGCUGCGGGACGGUGGAUGAGCGAGAAUCCCUAAGCAGGUGCUCUUCCGGGAACGCCAGUCUUUAAAUUAGCCGACAGCGAGGACGUUUUAAGAGGCUGGUCAGCGCCGCUGGGAGGCAGGUGACACCCCAGACAGAAUGAAGAACUGUGAGCAACAUAGUACCUCCUUUGUGUCUUAAAUAAUGUGACGGUCUGGGGACCUAAGUCAUUGGAAGAGGGGAAGGAAAGGGAGAAAGAAAACUAGGAAAAGAAGAGGAAGAGAACAGAAGACCCAACUUUGAACGUUAAGUGCCAUUUUAAAGGGGCUUUACUACCCCCAAAUUAUCCAGUCGAGUAAAAAUGAUUUUUAUCUGGUUUUUAUUUAUUUUUACUAUUUUAAAUUUGGCAGAUAAGUCUUAUCUAAAGGUCGAUGAUGUAUAGUUUGCCCUAAAAUAAUUGUAUAUCUUAUUCCUGUGCAUUGUUUCUUAUUAAUAACAUUUGUAUUCAAAACUGGAUUGAAAAUACAUCCCUCUUGAUGCUGAGGGGGAAAAAAGUCUCUUCUGGUGCUACUGAAAUGUCUUUAUUUGUUCCUCUUUUUUAUUAAACACCAUUUUUAUUACCUCUGUAGUACUGUGGUCUGGUUUGGAGAUCUGUGAGGAGCAAGCAUUCCCUCUAGAGAUGAACUCCUGGCUUGAGCAGGCUGAAGGAGUAUUUGGUUACUGCAGGAACUAACAAAAUAAGUGGGACGCUGGCUUUUGAAGAAUCAACUGUUGAACUGUACCCCCUACCUCACUCCUCACUCUGUGCUCUUUACUUUCAGUUUUGAAAUGCCCUCAAAUAUAUAUCCCUGUUUUACAGUGAGCCAACCUCGGUGUCGAGGUCAUGUGGCUUGGGUAAGUCACAACGAAGUAAUUGCAUAGGCUUACUAAGUAGGUAAGAAUAUGAUCUUCUCCCUUCUAAAGGUUUGAGAAUGGCCUUCAGGGGAACUUACCUGUAAGGAGUCAAAAGAAGAUGGCAUCCUGGGUUUUCUGACUCAUGUUGAUGGGAAGUGCUAGAAAUGCCUUAAUUCUCAUGAGUCCCACAAGAACUUUUGACUGGAGGAUCACCACAGCAGUUCUUAGGACUAUGAGACCCACACUUGAGGGAGGAAUGUAGCACCUGACCUCAUUUGUGUUCAAAGCUACUUGGUUGUAGAAAAGGUUUUCCUGAUCCAAGGAGAACCUGGUUGUGAGAGGAGCUGAGGAUUCUUUCCCCUUCACAGUGUCCUGAGAGUGAAUCCAAAGUGAUAUCUGAGUGCUCCCAAUAUGAAUAAACCUCUGAGAAUGUCUGGGUCUUUGCUCUUUGGUCUUACCUCUGCUUUGUGGAAAAAUGUGACCAUCUAAAACUGCCUUAGGUGGAUGAAUCAUAGCAAGGACUUCCAGAAGCCACGUGGCCACUCAAGGGACCAUAAGGGUCUGGGAGCUAUCUCUUGGAAAUGUAAUCAAGAAAGACAGGGUCCCUAACUUCCAGUCUCUGGGAGAUGGAAGAGGCCACCUCAGUAAGUUUCAAUUAACCAACAGGAUGGAUUAAUUCAGUCUCUGUCUCCUAUUGCAAUAAUUGCUUUAAUUUAUUUAUAAAAAGUCUUGAAUAAAUUCUUCCUUGCCUGCUCAA